AUGCCUCAUUUGGCGGGCGGAUGGUCUGCCCGCGAGACUGAUUUACGCUAUGGUGCUCCUCAAAAUAUGCCAUUAGGAGUAGUCAAAGCGAGAGAAGAUGAAGCAACUCGUAUACGUAAGAUACGUCAACAUGAAACGGAACAACAAAAAUUGAAUCGUUUGGAAAAAGUUUACAAUAGUCAAUCUAAGAAAAAAUUAAAAUUUCAAAUAGAAGAGACAGAAAAUAAUACAGAAGCGACAUUGGAUGAUGAGCCUAAAUUAUUAAAUGAUCCGAUAGAAAAGAUUAAAAAUGAUAUAGAAGUUACAUUAGAGGGUCAAGAAAGCAGUUGUGCGGACGAUGAGGGCAUAUAUCCGGAUAGUCCGGAUGAUGCGGGUACAUAUCCGGGUGGUACGGACGACGCGGGCACAAAUCCGGGUGAUACGGACAAUGCGGGCAUAUAUCCCGGUGGUGCGGACGAUGCGGGCACAUAUCCCGGUGGUGCGGACGAUGCGGGCACAUAUCCCGGUGGUGCGGACGAUACGGGUACAUAUCCGGGUGGUGCGUACGAUGCGGGCACAUAUUCCGGUAGUGCGGACGAUGCGGGCACAUAUCCCGGUGGUGCGGACGAUGCGGGCACAUAUCCGGAUGGUGCGUACGAUGCGGACACAUAUCCCGGUGGUGCGGACGAUGCGGGCACGUAUCCCGGUGGUGCGCACAAUGCGGGCACAUAUCCCGGUGGUGCGGACGAUGCGGGCACAUAUCCCGGUGCUGCGGACGAUGCGGACACAUAUUCGGAUGAGCCGGCCACGUAUCCGGACGAUGCGAGCAUAUAA